CACUGCAGAACCGAAGUGGUCGUGAUGAGGAGAGACCAGUGAGGCAAGAGAUGGAGCCGUCUGACAUGUCACCCUGGAGUAGCCUGCAUGUACAAAGUGAACAAUGGCAACAGACAAGACACCAGAGAGGAGACUUACUGAAGUCCUGUUAGAUAUUAGUGAGGAGAUCUUUGUGAAAGAACUGGAGCCGCCUGACUACCACCGUUACUCUGGUCUGGAAGAAGCAGUCUGUGGUUGGGCCAGAGCUGCUCCACUGAGCUGCAUUCUUUUGACCCAACACAAAUACAGGCGACCCCCGAAUGAGGCAGCCGACAACCCGGAGCCCUCGUCUGUUGACCCGGAGAGCUCAACCAGCAUUGCAGAGCAUCGCUGCGGGUCGCAGGCAGGACGUCGUUACACCCUAAAGAAAUCCACGGCAUUAGAGAAGCAAGUGGAUUUACUGAGCGACACUGUUGUGGCGCCUCUGCGGCUAGACGCUCCAGAGCGGCCCGUCUUCAGUGCCACGCAAGGGGAAGAAGGGACUCUCAGAGAGACGUCUUUGCAGCGUCACCACCCGUCCUCAAAAUACUCUGAUAACAGGCCCACCAAGCCUCACAAAAACAACCCCAGACACAGUAACACCGUGAAAAACAGCCACAAGCCCACUAAUACUCUGGUGCCCAUAACAAACUUCACAUUCUUCCCACCGAUCAAGCCCCCACACCUGGAUGCCAAGAUUAAGGGUCACAGUGGUAAGAAGGCUCCAGAGGGAGAAAUGUUCGAGGAAGACUGGUUCAUGUUUGGUAAGAAGAGUGACACGAGAGGAGACACUGGUGCCAACGAUGAGUUUCAUAGUUACUCUGCAGCACUGACCUCCAUACACCGGACAUGUCAGCAUAAGCCUCUCCUGUUCUCCACUCUUAGCGUCGCUCUCCCCAAAACACCAUGCUGUAUGAGGCCUGUGAAAUAAAACUGGAAUUAUCUGAUGAGGAGUAAUAUUUAGAAGUUAAACAUCUCAGGACAUGUAUACCUCUAUGUUCUUCAGUUAAUCAUUGCACAGGUCCUUCAUUUGAGUUUCAAUAUUUACAUUAACACACUCACCACAACAGUCAAGUAAGGAGAAGAAGAAGAAGCAGCUUCGGCCAUUUGUGGCUUAUUUUGUUCUAACCACUCACCACAAGUGUUGUUUUUUCUUCAGCUGUUAAAGUUGCCUUGUAAGUCUGCCUCCCUCACACACCUCAACUCAAAGCUACACUGAAGCUCUGUAUGAAAUGUACCACUGUGUUGUGCUAUAGCUUCUGUCUAUACGUGAUAUAAUCAAUGGCCAAACUAUACUGCAUCUGCUCAGUGAAGCUUUCAUUGUUGUCAAUCGUCCUGCUGAAGGUCGUAGAUAGAAUCUGGUUUAUACAGUGUUAUGCCAAGAUCCUGGAAUAUAUAUAUUAUUGUAUCACUGGUUGAAAUUGUUACUUUGCUUCAUUAUUCUACCUCUUUUUUUGUUGAGCUUUCCUGUAAAAUUAGACAAAAUUAACUCUCUUAUAUAACAGUGACUGUGUUUACAUGUACACUAGUAAUCUAACUAUUGACCAUAUACUGUUAUUAUUGCAAUUGUGUUUACAUGAGUUGCUAAUAAAAUAUUCCAU